AUGGAGAAGAUCUUCUUCAGUUCAAGUCCCUCUGUUUUUGGGACCUUGUUCUUGUUCCUGUUCUGGACGAUAACUAUUGUCGAUGCCUCCUUUCUCUCGACGCGUCUCCUUGACCGGAUGAUGACGAAUUCGGAGUUUAACAGCAGCAAAAAGUAUUUGACCCAGGAAGCCCUCUGGUUCAACCAGACUCUUGAUCAUUUCUCCCCUUAUGAUCACCGUCAAUUCAGACAGCGUUACUAUGAACUUCUUGAACACUUUCGGGCUCCUGAUGGGCCCAUAUUCCUGAAAAUUUGUGGUGAGUCUGAAUGCCCGGGGAUUUCUAAUGACUAUCUGGCUGUUAUAGCAAGAAAGUUUGGAGCUGCUAUCGUUACUUUAGAGCAUCGUUACUAUGGCAAGAGUUCCCCCUUCAAGUCUUUGACGACUGAGAAUCUCAGCUUUCUUUCUUCAAAACAAGCCCUUUCUGAUUUGGCGGCUUUCCGUCAAUAUUACCAGGAAACAUUAAGUGCUAAAUUCAACAGAACUGCUGUCGAGAAUCCAUGGUUUGUAUUUGGCGUUUCCUAUUCAGGAGCUCUUAGUGCCUGGUUUCGCCUGAAGUUUCCUCAUUUGACAUGUGGGAGCCUUGCAAGUUCUGGUGUUGUUCUUGCUGUUUAUAACUUCACUGAAUUUGAUCAGCAGAUUGGUGAAUCUGCUGGCCCAGAAUGUAAAUCUGUGCUGCAAGAAAUUACUCAACUUGUUGACGAAAGGCUCGCAACAGAUGCAAAAGGUGUAAAAUCAUUGUUUGGUGCUGAAGAGUUAAAAAUCGAUGGAGAUUUUCUGUAUUUUCUAGCAGAUGCUGCAGUUACAGCGUUUCAAUAUGGAAACCCGGACAAAUUGUGCAUCCCUCUAGUUCAAGCAAAAAAGGCUGGAAAGGAUGUUGUGGAUGCAUAUGCCACCUAUGUGAAAGAGAAUUAUAAUUACGUUGAAUCGUACAACCAGAAACGUCUAAAAGAUACUUCUUUGAAGGGCGAUACUGAUGCUCGCUUAUGGUGGUUCCAAGUCUGCACUGAAGUGGCAUAUUUUCAGGUGGCCCCAUCAAAUGAUAGUGUUAGAUCUCCAAAGGUUGACACAAGAUACCAUUUGGAUCUAUGUAAAAACGUGUUUGGAGAUGGUGUCUACCCUGAUGUUGAUGCAACAAACUUAUACUAUGGGGGCACGGAUAUUGCUGGGUCAAAAAUAGUCUUUACUAAUGGAUCACAGGAUCCUUGGCGGCAUGCAUCCAAGCAAACUUCUUCUCCAGAGAUGCCUGCAUACAUUAUCACUUGUCAUAAUUGUGGACAUGGCACUGAUCUUCGGGGAUGUCCCCAGUCCCCUUUAUCCCCUGAAGGGAAUGCCAGCAAUUGUACCUCCCCUGAUGCAGUUCACAAGGUCAGGCAAAAGAUCAUAUACAAUAUAGAUUUGUGGCUAUCCCAGUGCCAGUCUUCAGGUAGGAGUUCAAUGUGA